AUGCCACCCAAAUCAAAGGCACCGCCAAAACAAAAGGAACAAGAAUCAACACCUGUGGAGAACGAGCCUCUCAAGACUGUCUACGACCGUAGCUCUAAUAUCUAUAGCCAAGGUCAUCCCUACGCUUCAAGCCUCGCCGCCGGAGGUCCCAGCGGCCUCUCCUCUUCCGAGCGGACCGUCUGGGCCAACGCGCAUUUCGCCCGCACACCUGCCCUCCUCAAGCGGCUAGGCAAUAAGUCCCAACGAGACGUCUGGAAGUGCGUGAAUGAAGCUGGUGGCCUCCCGCUAAGAACAGUCAAGCAAGUCCGUCCAACCGGUGCGGGUGGGACUCCUUCCGCUCAGACCGGACAACAGGGCUUCACCUGGGGCAGGGACAGAUUCGGCGCGGACCUGGGAGACUCGACCCCUGACCAACUCGACAAGAGAAGUGAGAGGGCCUUGCAGCUUUCCGCGUUGGAGAUACAGCACAGCGCCUUCCUGGAAAGGAAAGAACGCGAGAAGGGGAGGUGGCUCGAUUCGAAGAACAACGAGGUUGUCACCGUGACAGCUGACGAGGUCGAGGAAGAGAAAUUGCGGAGAAAAGAGAUCGCGAGGCUUAGGAUGGAACUCUACGGCGAACGCACGGGAGCUUACGGGACGGAUCCCGCAUGGGAUGAUAUUGUGCCCAUGCCCAUUGAGGAGCCCGAGGGUGCUCUGGCUGCCAUUGCCUAUCCUGAGGAAUAUGCCGAAGCGAUUUCCUACCUUCGAGCCGUGAUGGCCAAAAAGGAAUACUCCACGCGCUGUCUGCGACUGACGGAGCACAUCAUCUCCAUGAACCCAGCCCACUACACCGUGUGGCUAUAUCGCUUCUCGAUCGUUCAAGGCAUGAGGACCUCCAUCCCAGAUGAGAUCGAAUGGCUCAACCAGGUCUCCCUCGAGAACCUGAAGAACUACCAGAUCUGGCACCAUAGGAGGCUGCUCAUGGACCACUACUACCCGUCCAUCGAAUCAGAUUCGGAAGAGAAGGCCAAGCUGGCCAAAUCCGAGGAGGCAUUCCUCGCGCAGAUCCUCGCCGAAGACACGAAGAACUACCACGUCUGGUCCUACAGGCAGUACCUCGUCCCCAAGAUGGGCCUUUUCGGGGAGCUAGAGCUCAGGGCCACCGAGACCCUGAUCGACGAGGACGUGCGCAACAACUCUGCUUGGUCGCACCGUUUCUUCAUCGUCUUCUCCGACCCUGCCAACGCCACUCCCGGCAGCCUGUCCACGGAGCACGACCCCAAGGUCCCUGCGGCUAUGAUUGACCGUGAGGUCAAGUACGCCGAGGAGAAGAUCCUGCUGGCGCCACAGAAUCAGAGCCCCUGGAACUACCUCCGCGGCGUGCUGGUGAAGGGAGGCCGCAAGGUGGACACGCUGCAGGGGCUCGUGGAGCGCUUCGUCAGCGAUGUUGGAGUUGAAGGGAGUGAGAAGGUCACCAGCUCUCACGCCUUAGAGCUGCUGGCGGACACCUACGCUGAGAAGGGAGAGAGUGACAAGGCGGACCUGUGCUUGAAGCGCCUGGGAGAGAAGUGGGACCGCAUAAGAUUUGGAUAUUGGGAGUGGAAGAGAGCAUCGCUCAAGAGCAACUAG